AUGGUCUUCUUUUCAAACUCCCAACCCCCAACCGCAAACCGAUCCAAGAUCUUUUCGAGGGAGGAGCUUCCCCAGCAGCUGUUAUCGGAUCUGUUUGAAUCGGAUCCAGGUUCAGUACAGCCGCGGGUGCUGUACAGCCGACGCUGGCACGCUUACCCUCGCUUUCGGCCCCCAGAACACUUUUCGCCCUUCGUCCUGGCGCCGGGGCUACUGUACGGCAAUGCCCUGGAGCCGGCGGCGUCGGCAAUGGAGAUGGCGGCCAUUGCAGCGCACAAUAGUGCAGCGCUCGUAGUACGACAUCUGGCUGAGCUGUACGGGGCAGCGGACGCUGCGGCUGCUUUGGCGGUACAAGCGCAGGGGCAGUAUCAGGAGCAGUAG